AUGAAGCAAAAAUGGCUGUUCGUGUUGAUCCUCUGUUUCUUCACGAGUUCUCCAGUGAUGGGCAUUCAUGGAAAAAGGCUAAUCAACGACGACGAAGCUUCUCUUUUAAUGGCGUUCAAGCAAAUCUCUGUAAAAUCUGACCCGAAUAACUUUCUGGGUAACUGGAAAUACGGGUCGGGUCAUGGUUCAUGUUCAUGGCGAGGCGUUUCUUGCUCUGAAUACGGUCAAAUCAUCGGAAUUGAUCUCCGUAACGGCGGAAUCACCGGAACCCUAAACCUAGUUAACCUCACGUCGUCGUUACCUAAUCUCCGGAAUCUUUACCUGCAAGGAAACUACUUCUCUUCUUCCUCUGGUUCUGUUUCUUCAUCAACCUCAAGUUGUGAUCUUGAGCUUCUGGAUUUGUCUUCGAACUCAAUCUCUGAUUACUCAAUGGUGGAUUACGUUUUCUCGACAUGUUCGAAUCUUGUCUCUGUGAAUUUCUCCAACAACAAGCUUGUCGGAAAAUUGGGUUUUGCUCCGUCGUCUUGUCGGAAUCUUGUUUCUGUUGAUCUCUCUUACAAUCUCUUAUCGGAAAACAUCCCGGAGAGCUUCAUCGCUGAUUUUCCGGUGUCGUUGAAAUAUCUCGAUUUAACUCACAACAAUAUCUCCGGCGAGUUUUCCGAUCUCAGUUUCGGGUUUUGUCGGAAUCUCAGCUUCUUCAGUUUAUCACAGAACAAUAUCUCCGGCGAAAAGUUCCCGACUUCACUACCAAACUGCAAAUCCCUCGAGACGUUAAACAUCUCUCGGAACAAUCUCGCCGGAAAAAUCCCCGGAGGUGAAUAUUGGGGAAGUUUCCAGAGUCUGAAGUAUCUCUCUCUCUCUCAUAACCGUCUCUCCGGCGAGAUUCCACCGGAGCUUUCACUACUCUGUAAAACCUUAAAGACUCUCGAUCUCUCCGGGAACUUUCUCUCCGGCGAGCUUCCUCAACAGUUCACGGAGUGUGUCUCAUUACAGAACCUAAACCUCGGAAACAACUUCUUCUCCGGCGAGUUCUUAACCACCGUCGUGAGUAAACUCACCGGAAUCAGUUAUCUAUACGUUGCUUACAACAACAUUUCAGGCUCUGUUCCGAUUUCACUCACCAACUGUACUAAUCUUCGUGUUCUUGAUCUAAGCUCAAAUGGUUUCACCGGAGAUGUACCGUCUGGUUUCUGCUCCGUUCAAAGCUCGCCGGUUCUUGAAAAGAUUCUCAUUGCUAACAAUUAUCUCUCAGGAACUGUUUCUAUGGAGCUUGGUAAAUGCAAGAGCUUGAAGACGAUUGAUCUUAGCUUCAAUGCUCUUACUGGUCCGAUUCCGAACGAGAUUUGGACAUUACCGAAUCUGUCGGAUUUGGUUAUGUGGGCGAAUAAUCUCACCGGAAGUAUCCCUGAGGGUGUUUGUGUUAAAGGAGGUAACUUGGAAACUCUCAUCCUCAACAACAAUCUCUUAACUGGUUCAAUACCGAAAUCGAUCUCGAGAUGCACUAAUAUGAUAUGGAUCUCACUUUCGAGUAAUCGUUUGACCGGGAAAAUCCCUAGCGGAAUUGGUGGUCUUGCUAAAUUAGCAAUCUUGCAGCUUGGGAACAAUUCAUUGUCCGGGAACGUUCCGCGCCAGCUCGGGAACUGUAAGAGCUUGAUCUGGCUUGAUCUGAACAGUAACAAUCUAACCGGGGACCUCCCGGGUGAGCUAGCUAGCCAGGCCGGGUUAGUAAUGCCUGGGAGCGUUUCAGGGAAACAGUUUGCGUUUGUGAGGAACGAAGGUGGUACAGAUUGCAGAGGUGCGGGCGGAUUAGUUGAGUUUGAAGGCAUUCGGGCAGAGCGAUUAGAGAGGUUUCCGAUGGUUCAUUCGUGUCCCGCGACACGGAUAUACUCAGGCAUGACAAUGUACACAUUCUCAGCAAACGGAAGUAUGAUCUACUUCGACAUUUCGUACAACUUAGUGUCCGGUUUUAUACCUCCAAGUUAUGGUAACAUGGGCUAUCUUCAGGUCUUGAAUUUGGGACAUAAUCGAUUAACCGGUACCAUCCCGGAUAGUCUUGGAGGAUUGAAAGCUAUUGGGGUUCUUGAUCUAUCUCACAACGAUCUACAAGGAUACUUACCCGGAUCACUCGGAUCACUUUCUUUCCUCAGCGAUCUUGAUGUCUCUAACAACAACCUCACCGGUCCAAUCCCAUUUGGAGGUCAGCUUACAACGUUCCCUGUCUCAAGAUACGCAAACAACUCUGGCCUCUGCGGCGUUCCCUUGCGUCCCUGCGGCUCUGCUCCUCGGCCUAUAACCUCUCGUGUCCAUGCCAAGAAGCAAACCCUUGCAACCGCUGUGAUUGCUGGAAUCGCGUUUUCUUUCAUGUGCUUUGUGAUGCUAAUCAUGGCUCUUUACAAGGUGAGAAAGGUUCAGAAGAAAGAAGAGAAGAGGGAGAAAUACAUUGAGAGCCUUCCAACUUCCGGAAGCUAUAGCUGGAAGCUCUCUAGCGUUCCUGAACCGCUUAGCAUCAACGUUGCUACGUUCGAGAAACCGCUGAGAAAACUCACUUUCGCACAUCUUCUUGAAGCCACAAACGGGUUUAGCGCAGAGACUAUGAUCGGUUCUGGUGGGUUUGGAGAAGUCUACAGGGCUCAACUAAGAGACGGAUCUAUUGUAGCGAUCAAGAAGUUGAUCCGAAUCACUGGACAAGGUGAUAGAGAGUUCAUGGCUGAGAUGGAAACAAUCGGAAAAAUCAAACACAGAAACCUCGUUCCGCUUUUGGGAUAUUGCAAGAUCGGUGAAGAGAGGCUUCUUGUCUACGAAUACAUGAAAUGGGGAAGCUUAGAAACCGUUCUUCACGAGAAAUCAGUGAAAAAAGGCGGAAUCUUUCUAAAUUGGGCCGCGAGGAAGAAGAUCGCGAUUGGAGCUGCAAGAGGACUAGCGUUUCUACACCAUAGCUGCAUUCCUCACAUAAUCCACAGAGACAUGAAAUCAAGCAAUGUUCUUCUAGAUGAAGAUUUCGAAGCACGGGUCUCGGAUUUCGGUAUGGCAAGGCUUGUAAGCGCUCUAGACACGCAUCUUAGCGUGAGCACGCUCGCGGGUACUCCAGGAUAUGUUCCACCGGAAUAUUACCAGAGUUUCCGGUGUACGGCCAAAGGAGAUGUUUACAGCUACGGAGUUAUACUACUUGAGCUUCUCUCUGGUAAGAAACCAAUCGAUCCGAAGGAGUUUGGAGAAGACAAUAACCUCGUCGGGUGGGCGAAACAACUCUAUAGAGAGAAAAGAGGAGCUGAGAUUCUUGAUCCUGAGCUUGUAACCAAGAAAUCAGGCGAGGUUGAGCUGUUUCAUUACUUGAAGAUCGCAUCUCAAUGCUUAGACGAUCGACCGUUUAAGCGACCAACAAUGAUUCAAGUGAUGUCAAUGUUCAAAGAGCUUAAGGCUGAUACAGAGGAAGACGAAAGUCUCGAUGACUUUUCGCUCAAGGAAACUCCUUUAGUCGAAGAAUCGCGCGAUAAAGAGCCUUAA